CCAAAGGUUUGUCCACUCGAGAGAAAAUGCUGUACAAGUGUCUCGUGACCUAGCUUAGUCUAGGGAUGUGGCUCCAUGGCCAUGGCGCAUCGACUGGCGCGCUUGACGAUUCGAGAAUUCGUCGCGAAUCCUCGCCGCAAUGCGGGUUUUUCUCCAGGAAAUAUUUCUUCCAGGAGCUGCCGCUGGAUUCACUCGACUCGCUUCGUGAGAUCCAGCGUUGUGUCAUCGAUUGGCGCUCGUGAUCCAGAGGCAAGCUAUGAGACGAUCACUGCCGAGGUCGUGGAGAGCAAGAGCGUGGGUCUCUUGAUGCUCAACAGGCCCCAGGUUCUCAAUGCUCUCUCCGAGGUUUGCAUGAGAGAGGUUGUCGCGGCCUUGAAAGGAUUCGAUGCCCUGCCAGAGGUUGGAGCGAUUGUCAUCUCCGGUAAAGGCAAAGCGUUCGCUGCCGGCGUGGACAUCAAAGAGCUCAAGAACAAGACUAUGGUGGAUUUAUUUGUGAAUCCUGUUCUUGAUCAGUGGAACCAAGUUUCCAGGAUUCGAAAGCCACUCAUCGCUGCAGUGAACGGAUAUGCUCUUGGUGGUGGCUGCGAGCUUGCAAUGAUGUGCGAUAUCAUCCUGGUCGGCGAGAAGGCCGUGUUUGGGCAGCCAGAGAUUAAAAUCGGGACGAUCCCAGGCAUGGGCGGAACCCAGCGCUUGAUCCGAGAGGUCGGCAAGUCGCGAGCAAUGGAGAUGAUACUCACGGGAGAGCGCUUCAUGGAUGCCAAAGAAGCGUGCCAACGAGGUCUAGCCAGCCGACUGAUCGAAGGAACAAACGAGGAGCUCGUCGCCGAGGCAGUGGCGAUGGCCAAGAACAUCUCGGGCAUGUCACGCCCAGCGGUGAUCAUGGCCAAAGCGGCUGUGAAUGCCGCGUAUGAGAGCCAUCUCGAGGAAGGCGUCAAGAGAGAGCAGGCGUUUUUUGGAGCAACGUUUGGCUUGGAAGAUCGCAGCGAAGGAAUGGCUGCUUUCAUCGAGAAAAGGAAGCCAAACUUCCAAAACAAAUAGCUUAGUUGAUCAUAGAAUAUACCUUAUUUGAAAAAUAAUAUUCGAAAAGCUUAGGUUUAGGGCUAGGGUUUAUCA